UAGGUAUCCCCUUUCAUACACGAUGAUAGGCCCUUGGAAACUGUGCCGUAUAAUCUGGCGCCUAUUCUUGGCCAUCUUCGGGUCUUGGUUGCUUCUCGCCCUGCUGUGGGCGCUUCUUCCCUUUCCUUCCGCUGAACACAAUGACAAUGGCACCGACUACGCAACCAAGGUCCUCCUCAGCGGCAAGACACUGCGCCGAGUAUACUGGAGCUCCGUAAUGGUCGAUGCUUAUACUUCCCGACAGGGCUUUGCGCUUGACUACAAGCUCGAUAGGGCCAACCUCACCCUUGCAGUCUCGGGGCUGGAACAGCCUCUAAGCAUAUUCCGCCAUACACUGGCUGAUGUCAACGGACGCAUGGAGGAAGCCAACGUGACUGCGCGAGCGGGUGAUACGGAUGGCGCCAACUUGCCGUGGUUCCCGCAAGCAGAUGCAAUCUUGCUCUUCUGGCAAAUUCACCGAGAGUAUGCGAAUGUUCCGCUCACACUUCAAUGGUCGGCGCAGGAGGCAGGAGUGGUGCAGAAGUUCGAUAUAUCACUGAAUGGGCGAGGACACGGAGAUGAUGCGCUUUUGUCUCUGAAGAUGUGGGGGAACGACACCUCGACGAUCAGAGCCAGCGUCCCAUUGCAGCCGAAUUCUUCAUCGCCAUCCUACACGUAUCCUGUCCGUGUCGCGGUCAUCCUGGUACUCGCACCAUUUUCACUCUUGUUCGCCGAUGUCGUCGAAUCCUUCGGGGGACUUUUCAACACUCUUGUGUCCUGGAUCUUCACGGCCAUCUUCUUUGGACUCGUGGUGUCAGGUGUAGUUGCAGCUGGCAUGUACUGCUUAGGGAAACAUCCCCAAGAGCUCGUUGACAUGGUUGGAGAUGAGCUGCAGAAGCUGAGAGAUUCCGAGGUAAUGAGAAGGUGGAGAGGCACAGAUGGUGAAGAGGUACCAGCGGGUAAUUCGCCGGAGCAGAAGAAAUCUUCGACUGAAGCGGAUGUCAGCCACGUUUGUUGAGGAUCUGAUGGAAGGUAUUUGUAAUUUGGCCGGCUCAAGGCCCAACGUUGACAAACCUCCUACAUAUCAAUCAUAUAACAUAUUACCGGAACUUAUCGUCAAG